AUACAUGUGUAAGCUUAUUCAGAAUACAAGUACAAUUAAAUUAUAAUUAAUAAUAAUAGUAAUGAUAAUAAUAAUAAGGUACCUUGUAAAAGAUGCAUCCGGUUAAUGAAAAGAUCUAUCCGACUUUGGAAAAUCUCUCUUUUCUUUUUUCCAUUUGGCCUAUGUCUCUUUAUCAGCAUAUGAUUUACUUGGAAGAUCAUUCAUGAUUCACCAUGAACCAUGAAGAGCUCCCACUCUUUUAAUAGUCUCUAGAUCAAGUUUAACCUUUGCAUUCACGAGUUUUUUUGCCAGAUUUGGUCAUCAUUGUUACCUUUUUAUUGAUCUUUAAUCUUCUCAUUAGAAGAAGAAAGAGAAUGCAUUUGUAAAAACAAAAAGCUUGCUUUUCCUCUAUGUCCCGAUUAUCAAGACCCUCCUUCUGCCCACUUUCUCCGGCGCCGGCAAAGCCUUUAUUUGCCGGCGUCGAGACCCCUGGUUCACCGCUUUCCUUUGCUUCCCUAAGAUCUCUGUUUCUCUUCGCUUUUGGCCACUUACUCAAUCAUCCCAACCUUUCCCCCUUAACUCCAUGUCUGACAGCGGUAGUUUUGGUGCUAGAGCUGUUAGGCGGUUCCCGGCGACCCUCCUCCCUAGUCAAUCUCUGCCCACGAUUUCUCCAUGGAAUCUUAACCUCGAGGAGCCAUCUCUUACCAGCGGUACUUCAUCCUUCAAAGCUGAGACGGUUUGCUCCCGUUUGCUCAGACCUCACGAGUUUGGCUCUCUCUUGACCUCCAUUGCUGCCCUUUCCCACCAGAAAUAGCCACCGAUGAAGAACGGCGGCGGUAACCUAAUUUCUAUGGAUGUCCCUCGUUUGGACCAUCUUUUUCGCCAGCUGGGCUUAGGCCCAUUUCACAUUUCUUCGAGGCCCAACUUCAUAAGGUGUAUUCCACUUUUACCUUUGCAAAAACCCAGGUUUGGUCUAAACAUUCUUUUGUCCCUUCUUAGCAAAUUUUUGUGUCGAUUCAAGGAACCAAUUGUUAGAGGACGUCGAUUGGAAGCUAAUCAAACAUCAUUGCUAUUUUGGUACAAAUUUUAUCUGAGAACCUGGCCUUUAGAUUCACCUAGGGGUAUUACUCAUGAUUUCCAAAGCUUGAAGAAUACUUUGUCUGAUAGCUUCCUUUAUCGAGGCCUGCUAGAAAAGUUGAGGAAGAACGGCAUUAUGAUCCCGUCUCCAAGGAGCGGUGGUUACCGCAUCUUUCUCAACCCUUUAUCUCUGUAUCCCCUGUUUACCGAGCUCAUUCAUGUACAAAUUAUCAACUUUAGGGAUUACUUCCAUACGCUCAAUGCUUUGAAGCUUAGGUCUGGUUACUUUCUUUAUGUGUUAAGCCGACUACAAGCUUUGUGUGGAAUUCUUAAUCUCCAUGGAAUAGCCCAUGUGAGAGAGGAUCCACCUGUUCUGUUACGGCUUUACACUCAUAUUUUGCGAACCCUGGUUUUAGCUUCCUCUGGUAUCUUAAAGGACCAUGGUCUAAUGCUCUUAAACCCUCCCUGCGGGAUCUUUGAUGGUGGUGUUGGAAGCUUUUCCAAUGACCACUCGUCAUCAAGCUCUUCUGGCGUCUUCAAGCUAUAUGUUUUCAAUACCACCUCGUUUUGCUAUGUUUAGUCUAAGCUCAACUCUCACUCCACAACAAUUCUAGCAAGCAACGUCAACCACCAGAGCACCAUCACCUUUGCUCGAACCUUUGUCAAAGCACUACUUUGUGUAGUUCUUCUCGUGCCGGCGAGAUUCAAGUCUUUGGCCCCUUCACCAACGCCAUCUCGUCUCUUGACAGUGGCAAUUUGUUCAUCCAUUGACUCGUUCUUGGAAGAAUUGUCGAUAAACUUUGACCUCACAUGUACCAAAAAGCUUUUUAGCUUUUGGCUCAAAGCUCUCAAGGAUCCUUUGUCGAUUAACCUUAUCUAUCAUUUUAUCUUUCUUAUGGUAACUUUGGGGUAUGCCCCUUAUUAUUGUGCUUUAAACUUUGGGAUAUCAGAUCCCUUCUAUCUCUGUAUUUGGCUUCUACUCUAAUGGAAUGAAAACAAAUCUUUGUCCAAAAAAAAAAAAAAAAAUCUUCU